AAAUAUGAUUUGUUGAUGCAAGUGUUUUGAGGGAAGGAAAAAAAGAGGAUUUUGGUUUCAAGAUUAGCAUAUUGGGAAUUUUUGGGAACUUUUAAUAAGAUGGAGGCACCAGCAGCUCAGCCAACAACACCCCGGAAAAAGAUGACGAAACAAUUAACAGGGAAACGCGAUGAUAGUGCCUUGCAUUCGGCAGCUAGAGCUGGAAAUCUUGUUGCAAUCAAAAAUACUAUUGAGGACACGGAUGAGGAAGAAUUGGCAGAGUUAUUGAUAAAGCAAAAUUCAGCUGGAGAGACACCUUUGUAUGUUGCAGCUGAAUAUGGUUACUAUGAGGUGGUUAGGGAAAUGAUCAUGUAUUAUGAUCUAGUUGCAGCUGGAAUCAAAGCGAGGAACGGAUUUGAUGCACUGCACAUUGCUGCCAAACAAGGAGAUUUAGAUGUGGUGAAGGUAUUGAUGGAAGCACAUCCCGAGCUCGCAAUGACUGUUGAUGUAGUAAAUACGACAGCUUUGCAUACUGCAGCGAACCAAGGGCACAUAGAGAUGGUGAAUUAUCUCUUGGAGGAACAAAGCAGUUUGGCCACUAUAGCUAAAAGUAAUGGGAAAACAGCAUUACAUUCUUCAGCAAGAAAUGGACAUUUGCAGGUUUUGAAGGCUCUUUUGAGUAAGGAGCCAGGGAUCGCAACGCGGAUGGAUAAUAAGGGACAGACCGCACUUCACAUGGCUGUCAAAGGACAAAAUCUCGAGGUUGUAGAGGAGCUCACUAACGCUGAUCCUUCAUUAGUUAACAUGGUCGACAAUAAGGGAAACACACCUUUGCAUAUAGCAUCUCGUAAAGGCAGGGCUGAGGUCGUUAAAUUGCUGCUCUCACAGAACGAAACAGACGUGAAAGUUAUCAAUAGGUCACACGAGACAGCUCUAGACACUGCUGAGAAAAUGUCACAGGCUGACACCGUAGCCAUCCUGCAGGAAUAUGGGGUUCAGAGUGCCCGAGUCCUAAAGCCACAGGCAACGAAUCCAGCUAGAGAGUUGAAGCAAACCGUUAGUGACAUUAAGCACGAGGUUCACGAUCAGUUAAAACACACAAAACAGACAAGAAAACGCAUACAAGGCAUAGCCAAGCGGCUGCACAAGAUGCACAGAGAAGGCCUUAACAACGCGAUCAACUCAACCACAGUCGUAGCUGUACUCAUUGCCACAGUUGCCUUUGCAGGAAUAUUUCAAGUGCCAGGGCAAUACUAUAUGGAUCCGGACAACCUCCCAGAGGGCCAUAUAAUUGGAGAAGCAAACAUAUCAAACCACCCUGGAUUCCUCGUGUUCUUUGUCUUUGACUCAAUCGCGUUAUUCAUUUCACUAGCAGUUGUGGUAGUCCAGACAACAGUGGUUGUUAUUGAGAGCAAAGCAAAGAAGAAGUUGAUGUCAAUCAUAAACAAGCUAAUGUGGAUAGCAUGUGUGUUUGUAUCAGUUGCAUACUUGGCUCUAUCUUUUGUAGUCGUUGGCACGCGUUAUUGGGUGAUGGCAGUUAUUGUAACAGUUCUUGGAGCAACGAUCAUGGCUUCAACAAUCGGAGUAAUGUUAUAUUGGGUCAUUAAGCAUCGGAUCGAGUCAUCAAACAAGAAGAGCAUGAGAAAGAACUCUAUGGCAAGCAAGUCUAUGGAUUACUCUGAUUCAGCCCUCUCUGAUGACAACAAUGAAUUCAAAAUAUAUGCCUUAUAACUUUUUUGUUUCUUCUUCAAUUUGACAAAUGAACUUUGUUUUUGCUGGAAAAUUUUGAGACUAGUACUAUGUUAUGGCUCCAACUUACAACUUACUAAAUGGCGAUAUGAUUGUUCAA